GUCGAGCACAGAGCUAGUUGAGUUAUCAGAACCGGAAAUCAGCUGCAGACAGACGGUGACCCGCAGCAGGUCCGACUCGGAGCUCCUAGUCAUGGUGUUCGAGUCUCUGGUCAGCGACCUGCUCAACAGGUUCAUCGGAAACUACGUGGAGAACCUGGACAAGUCCCAGCUGAAGAUCGGCAUCUGGGGAGGAAAUGUUGUUCUGGAAAACCUCCGAGUGAAGGAGAACGCUCUGAGUGAGUUCGAUGUUCCCUUCAAAGUGAAGGCCGGACAGAUCGGCCGGCUGACGCUGAAGAUCCCCUGGAAGAAUCUGUAUAAUGACGCUGUGGUCGCCUCGUUGGAUGGACUGUACCUGCUGGUCGUCCCUGGAGCCACUGGAUCUCAGCUGAAGUCGUGUCCAUAUAACGGUAAGACGCUGUUCUCAGGUGGCGGUUCAGGCCUCUGUACUUCCUGUUAGGUCUCUGUACUUCCUGUCAGGGCUGCACGAGUUCUCCAAACUAAGAGUUUAAGAAGUAUAGCUGAAGGUGAGUCAGAGUGGAGCCGCAUCGUGCAGCCCUGAGUCUGGCAGAGUGAACUGGUUUCUGAUCAAGGAGUUACUGGUUCCUGCAGUCUGAUUCUGGGAGGUUUUGAUCUGAAUCAGCAAAUGUUAAUUCUGUAGAAACACUAACAAGUCAGACAGCUGGUGGAGGUUUCA